UCUUGUUAUUAUUAAAGCGUAUAACCUUUAUGUUUCAUUGUAAUUUUUCAAAAGAAACGCAUAAAUUCAAGUGUAACUGUGCAUUUAAUAGUGAAUUUGUGGAUGAUUUCGGCAACCACGCCGACAUUCAGUGCAUAAGAUGUUCUGCCUACAAGAAAAGGAGUUGCCACACUCCGAACCGUUCACCGAAAAAGACCCGCUCGACAGUCAAACACUAUCCGACUCGAGCGAUGAUGCGCCCCCACAAAAGCGUAUCAAAUUCGACUCAGAACUCAACCUACAAGUGUACCAAAUACCCACGUUCAAUACUCCAAAAUCACUGUCAAUAUAUCCUAUGCCAUCGAACACGUUACCAAAAUUUGUGAACAACCCGUUGAAUCUAGCGAAUCCCCUAAAUAUAAGUAGUAAUGUGAAUAAUGUUGUCAAAACGCUGCAAAGUCGAUAUUCGUUACCCUCAAAACUCAUGAUCACUCCGGUAAAUAAGAUUGACGGGGAAGUGGUUAGGUAUAAGAAGAACGGAGAAAUAGCGAAGAAAAGAGGACCGCCGAAGGGAUAUAAACGUAAACCGAAGGAUUUGUCACAGAGUUUCACUAAUGGAACUACUGUACAGACACAAAACAAAAUUCUAACGACCCUCCUAGCAACAAACAACACCACUGUGACCGCAGUUGAAUCAGAACCAGAGAUUAUUGUACCACCUGUGCCCAGUGAACCUAUAAAAUUACCACCAGGCGUAGAACUAGUAGAGUUACAGCUCGACCCAGAAGACUGGUUUCCCACCGAACCCUACAGGAUGAUAUUCAGCAGAAAGAAGAAUCCCAAGUGGAAAAACUUCCCCUACAGAUGUGAACAUUGUUUUAAGGGUUACCGAGUAGCUUCCACCCUAGUGAGUCACACAGCGGAACGGCACGGUUCCGUGCCCAAGGACCUGGCCAUACCCUGCCCGUGCUGCCCCCACGUGUCCCUACGGCGGAAACAGCACAAAAAACACGUGGAGACGCACGCGGGCAAGCGGCACAGGAUAUUCUGCCCGUACUGUCUGCCCCCAAGCGAUCCAUCAGAGCCCUACGUGAAAGAGUCGGAAAAAUAUUCUUUCGACAAAUUCCCUCAAUUUUGGUACGCGUCUGAAGAGUCAUUACGUCUACACAAGAAAAGGAAACAUCCAUACGCCGCCAUGUUUAAUUACAAUUGGUUUUGUACGUGGGGAGAAAUCCCCGCUAACAGCUAAAUGUGGUAGAAAAUGGUAGGAAAUGUAUGGAAAAUGGUAGAUUUUGGGAGUGAUUGGUAGAAAAUGGUAGGAUUGUACUGAUGACUGGCGUUCCUAUGCUGAGGACAAAUUGAUAGAUAGUCGUAGGACAUGGUAGAUAAUGGUAGACAUGGUUAGGAGUUCGUCAAAUGGAAGUGUUCUAGAGUAACGGUUGAGAAUAUCGUAUGGUAGAUAUUGGUAGGAAUUUAAUGACAAGUGUGCUGAGAACAAAUAUUUUUUGUAUAGUAGAAAUUAACGAGUCGCAAUUUGAUGUUUUGUAUUGAUUUUGGACUUUUUGUAAAAUUGUAUUUUAAGUUUUAUCAGUUUUGAUUUUUUUUUAUGAAUGAAAUCAUCAUAAUUAUUGCCAUGUGAAGGCCAGUGUCGAAUGUAGUGCGUAAAAACACAAGCCUUAGUACUUAUGAUUAGCGUAGUGACGUUUGUAUCUGUGUUGCCAAAUUAAACCUAUAACGGUAGAAACUGUAUAUAUUUUGGGAGAAUUUUAAAUAUGAAAAUGGAAUAGCAUAUGUGCCUUGGAUUUUAUGACAUUCCAAUAAUAAUGAAUGGAUACACCAAUAUUUUUAGACGCUUUAAAAUACUUAAAGGAAACGUAAGUAAGUAAGUAAGUAAGUGAGUAAGUAAGUGAGUAAGUAAGUGAAUGGCAGUAGCUUUAUUAAUAAUAAAAAUUAAUUUAUAAGUCGCUUUUAAUUAGUGUAAAUAAUCACAAAUAUUGACGUCCAUUUUUUUGCAUUUUUUUUUGUAUGUAUGUUCAGGAAUACGGAUAGACUAGAUUUUUGUAAGUUUAUGUAUGUAUGUUGAUUUAAAUAUGCGAAAUGAAUUGAUGAUAUUGUCCUAUUUUAAUAAAAUUCGUAAUUAAUUUGUAUAGAGGCAAAAAUAUUAUUUUUAUACAUAAAACAUAAGUUUGUUCCAUAAUGGUACAGCCGUUUUGAAUGUUUUUUAAUCGAUUACUUUUUUAUAUAAUUAUUUCUCGCAAUAUUAAAAGGGAUAUAAUAGUA